GUUUCAAAGCGCACUCAAAAACAGCAGUUGCAGCAUCUCCUCCUUCUCACAUGGUCAAGACGCCGCCAUUAUCUUCUUGCCUACCGAUUGCUUCCAUUACCAGGAGAUUCUUCUCCUGCAAAAUGAGCGCGGCGAGUUCUCCGGUAAUCCCCAAAUUCGUCUCCGUUGAAGGCGCCGAUAUUCACUCUAGAUGCAAGCCCGAUGGCAUCAGAUUCAGGCUUGCCUCGUAUAACAUUUUGGCUCAGAUUUAUGUGAAGAGUUCUUAUUUUCCGCAUUCUCCAUCUCCAUGCCUCAGAUGGAAGGCUCGUUCCGAGGCAAUAUUAACCGUUCUUAAAAAUCUUGGUGUUGACUUCCUUUGCCUUCAGGAAGUAGAUGAGUAUGAUUCGUUUUACAAAAGAAAUAUGGAAGGCCUUGGAUAUUCUAGUAUUUAUAUUCAGAGAAGUGGGAAGAAGCGUGACGGAUGUGGAAUUUUUUAUAAGCAUGAGCGUGCAGAGUUGCUUUUAGAGGAAACAAUAGAAUACAAUGAUCUUGUAGACUUAGCAGUACAAGAUGAAACAUCCUUAUCUGGCAACAGGCAGAUUGAGACGCUCCCUAGUGGAAAUAAUGUUGCUGAUCAAAAGAAUGCAGAAAACACUCCAGAGGAUUGUGGAGAUCCUAAUGAUCCUCGAGUAAGAUUGAAACGAGAUUGUGUGGGAAUUAUGGCUGCCUUUCGACUCAAGGACCCUUUUGAUCACAUUGUUAUUGUGGCAAACACGCAUAUUUAUUGGGAUCCAGAAUGGAUUGAUGUUAAGCUUGCUCAAGCCAAAUAUCUUUUGUCUCGCCUAGCUCAAUUCAAAAGUUUGGUAACAGAUAGAUUUGAUUACACACCAUCAGUAAUUUUGGCUGGUGACUUCAAUUCAACUCCGGGGGAUAAGGUUUACCAGUACCUUAUAUCUGGUAACUCUUCAGUGCCUCUGGUGGAGUGUAUGGAAGAACUUCCUAUUCCCUUAAGCAGUGUCUAUGCUUUCACAAGAGGAGAGCCGACUUUUACAAACUGCACACCUGACUUCACAAAUACUUUAGACUAUAUCUUCUUUUCACCCUCAGACUUCAUGAAACCAGUUUCUAUCCUUGAACUCCCAGAGUUGGACGCACCUGAUGUUGUUGGUGGAUUACCAAACUACAGCCACCCAAGUGAUCAUCUACCAAUAGGUGCUGAAUUUGAAAUAACAAGGUGAUAAAGUCACAAAGGGGGCAAAAGCUAGGAAGGCCGAGAAAUUGUAUGGAAACUUUCUUGGCUGGUUGACAGGUGGGAUUUUGAUGCUUAACUUUGCUUUAUAAUCUUUUAAUUUUUUCUCAACUGAAACAAUUUAAUUUUUAAAAAUGUAAUAAACUGACAUUUAGUUGAAAUAUUUGGAACUGAUUAGCCAGUUUAUAUGAAGUAAAUUUGGGGUAAAUUG